CCCUAUCUUUUCAGACAACUGUGAUGACCCAUUGGCCUCCUUCCUCUCACCAAUGGCUUUCUCCAGCUCCUCAGAUCUCACUAGAAGUUCCAGCCAGGCUCAAUUGAACUGGAGAAUGGGAACUGGUGGUUGGUCCCCAGCAGACUCCAAUGCCCAACAGUGGCUGCAGAUGGACCUGGGCAGCAGAGUGGAGAUUACGGCAGUGGCCACGCAGGGAAGACACGGGAGCUCUGACUGGGUGACAAGCUACCGCCUGAUGUUCAGCGACACCGGGCACAACUGGCAGCAGUACAAGCAAGAGGACAGCAUCUGGAAAAAGAAAAUUCAACCCUCCAGCUGAAGACACCACACCCUCUGGACUCAGGACUUGGAGGAAUCUGCCCAGGUCUGAAUGGAACCUCCUUCCUGGGAACUAACUCUAAUAGUGUUGAAAGGGGGCAUGAAAGCUGCCAUGGGAGAGAAGCAAUCAAUAUCCCCACUCAGCUAUAAUGCCUGCACACCACAACAAUGACCAAUAUGGCAAGAUAUUCCUAAAAGUACAAGAGUGGAAUUUAUAUCGUGGGAUAAAUCAACAGCUACCUGGACUUGGGCUUAAGGCCCCUCAAUAGGAGGGGAUUCAUGUCUGCUACUGAUGACCUAGCCAACCACCCAUGACUGGAGAGGCCAUGGAGCCUAGUGGAGAAAUUCCUACAGUCACUUUCCAAAACCAGUAUAAUCUCUGACUGUAUUCUGAAUACUUACCCUUCUACCAGCAGAUAAAUGCAGCUCUUGUUCGUCAUCAAAGCUGCUGCUUCUUCUUCUUCUUCUUCUUCUUCUUCUUCUUCUUCUUCUUCUUCUUCUUCUUCUUCUUCUUCUUCUUCU